CUUUUUGAUUUCGAACUCGAGCUAUUUACUUUUUGUAACGCCUAGCACGCGCUGGUAAACAAUUCCAAACCCAAAUGUAGACAACAGAUACACCAGCCACCCAGGAAAAUACACCACUGCCCAGGAUUAUUGAAGUCAGGAUGCUGGCGCCCAAAAAGCUGCUUAAAACCAAAAACCAGGUGGAGCCCCUCCAGGAUAAGAAUCCCCGAAGAGUGAAGACCAAGCCAAAUGCGAAGGGCAAGGUCAAGGAAAAGGAAAGGGGCAAGUUCAAAGAAAAGGGUAAGUUCCAGGCCAAGGGCAACGGCAAGAGCAAGAACAAAAACAAGAACAGGGACUCCAAUACAAGCACCUCGUUGUCACUGGAGCGGGGCAGCGGGGAUGGACCGCAUCAGGUGGGCCAGCAGAGCCUGGUUGCGCUCCGCUUCAUGGACAUCUCGCUGCGCCACUCGGAUGUCCAGCUGCUCCAGUCCGCUCACGAGGGCGUCAACGAACGGCUGGUGGCCUUCUACUACGCCUACCUUCAGCACCGCCGUUACCGCUCCGAGUCGGAUCUGCACUUCCUGAAUCCGGGCCUGGCCGCACGACUGCGCCACAUGGACAUGCGCCAUUUGUGGGCCAUGGUGCGCGACCGCCGUCUCAACGAGAAACAGUUCAUCUUGGUGCCGCUUUCCACCCAUCCCAGACCCCACGGACACUGGUCCCUACUGCUGAUUUCGCGGCCGGACAGCAAGUUCUACCACUACGAUUCGUUGGACAACUGUCAUUCGCCGUUGGCCGCCUCGGUGUCGGAAACUCUACGGGCGCCCCUCGAAGCCUGGAAGUUCGCCCUGGUCACCGGUCGCUGCCUCCAGCAGGAGCGCCAAGCGGCUGGCAAGGAAGGCUCCGGCCGCGACCCUGCAUCCGGAAUCCACCUGAUGUGCAUGACCGACCACGUUGCGGACUAUGUAGCCAGAUGCGGAUACGCCACCAGUUCGCUGCUCAUCGCAGUGGACCAAAUCGCAGCCAUGCGCACCCACCUGGUCGAGCUGAUCCUGUCGCUCGGCGGGAUCCUCCCCUCAAAGAGGGGCCACUAAAAAGGGCAGCAUCUUCAAGCCCGUGUGGGCCUACAUUCGAUUGCCUUUUGUUUGUUGACGCAUAAGAAAAUCAGAAAAAAUUCAAAU